AUGGGCGAAGAUCUUCACGCAUCCAUCACUCGUGUGCGCCUUGCUCUUCUUCAAUCUCAGGUCCGCGAGCACCCUGGCACUUCGCCCGUUCGCCGCCGCAGAAGAAGCAUCUCGACGGCUGUGGCAUACGCCGGAUCCAAGGACGGAGUUCCUCUUUUCGCCAAGCAGAGGGUCGUUCGCGUUGCUCUCUGA